UACAAAUUCCAUAAUGGGUUGGGUUUUGCUGUCAUACUUUUUUAUGUUCCAUUGUUUGGUUCCUUCUUAUAAUUGUUUGUUGUGCAACCCUGAUGAUAAAUCUGCCUUGUUACAAUUUAAAGACUCAGUUGUUGUCAUCUCUUCACCUUUUGAUCCUGAAUCUGAUCCUUGUUCUUCAUAUUCUUCGAAGACCAAAUCUUGGAACAACGUUACAGAUUGUUGCGGGUGGGAUGGAAUCACGUGCGACUCCAAGUCAGGUCACGUGAUUGGCCUCGACCUUUCUUGCAGUCUUCUUAGAGGUGAGCUGCUGGGUUCCAAUAGUUCUAUUUUUAAGUUAAGGCAGCUUCAACAACUCAACCUUGAUUAUAAUGAUUUUUUUGGAUCUCCAAUACAUUCUGCAAUUGGUGACCUUGUUCACCUCAGGCUUCUAAGUAUAUCUGGUCUUAAUAUUAGUGGUGAUGUUCCCUCCACUAUCUCUCACUUGUCAAAAUUACUACUUCUUGAUAUCUCUAGCAUGGACUGGAUACUUGGUUUUUCCUCCAAAAUUAGACUUGGUGAUUACACAUGGAACAGACUCAUUCACAACGCAACUAAUGUAAGACAGAUUUUUAUACAUGGAGUGAACAUGUCUUGUGUGGGAGAGAGGUCUUUGUCAUUGUUGACCAAUCUAUCAUCCUCUCUGAUUUCUCUCUAUCUCACGAACACCCAAAUCCAAGGAAAACUGUCCACUGACAUCCUCCGCUUACCCAGUCUCCAAGAAAUAGAUCUGUCAUUGAAUGAAAACUUAAGAGGUGAACUUCCAAACUCCAACUGGACUACUCCGCUAACAUCAUUGUCUCUCUUUGGAACUGCUUUCUCAGGACACAUUCCUAAUUCCAUAACCCACUUGAAGUCUCUUUACUCACUACAACUCUGGGGUUGCUAUUUUGAUGGAUUUCUUCCACCAUCGUUGUUUAAUCUUACUCAACUUGAUGUCUUAGAUUUCUCAGAUAAUAAAUUAGUUGGUCCCAUUCCAACCCAAAUUACCAAACUCCCUAAAUUAUUAUACCUAUAUUUGAGUGGUAACAUGUUAAAUGGAUCAAUUCCUUUUUGGUGUUAUUCUUUUCCUUCUUUGUGGUCCUUGGAUCUUAGUCACAAUCAACUCACAGGGUCAAUUGGUGAAUUCUCCGCUAAUUCUUUGGAAUCUUUAUCUCUCUCUAACAACAAUUUGCAAGGUAAUUUUCCGACUUCAAUAUUUCAACUCCAAAAUCUUAGUACUUUGGAUUUGUCAUCAAUGAACUUGAGUGGUGUCAUGGACUUUCACCAAUUUUCAAAGCUUAAAGUUCUAAAUGAAUUGGACCUUUCUCACAAUAUUUUUCUUUUUGUAAACUUCGAAAAUAAUUUUGACUGCAUCUUACCCAACCUUGAAUACUUAUAUUUAUCUUCAAGUAAUGUAAAUAGUUUCCCAAAAUUCUUAGCACCACUGCAAAACCUGCGUCUUUUAGAUCUCUCUCAUAACAGAAUUCGAGGAAGCAUUCCCAAAUGGUUUCAUGAGAACCUCUUGCGCUCCUGGAAGAACAUUAGUUCCAUUGAUCUCAGUUUCAACAAAUUGCAGGGAGAUCUUCCGAUUCCACCUAAUGGCACUAAAAUCUUUUUAGUCUCAAAUAACGAGUUGAGUGGGGAAAUUCCUUCAUCAAUGUGCAACACAAGCACCCUUUCUAUACUUAACAUGGCUCACAACAAUUUGACAGGACUUAUUCCACAAUGUUUGGGAACAUUUCCUUAUCUUUGGGCGUUGGAUUUGCAAGAGAACAACCUUUACGGAAGCCUACCUCUUAACUUUUCCAAAGGAAAUGCAUUUGGGACUAUAAAGUUGAAUGGAAAUCACUUGCAGGGACCGGUACCGCGAUCUUUCACUCACUGUACAACACUCGAAGUUUUGGACCUUGGAAACAAUAACAUUGAGGAUACGUUUCCGUAUUGGUUAGAAACUUUGCCAAAUUUACAGGUACUCAGUUUACGCUCAAAUAAAUUUCAUGGUAUCAUCACUUCUUUAGGCACCAAACUUCCAUUUCCUAGGUUGAGGAUUUUUGACAUCUCUAAUAACUAUUUUACCGGACUCUUGCCAACAUCAUACAUCCAUAACUUUCAAGGAAUGAUGGAUGCGAGUGACAACCAAACUGGUUUGAAAUAUUUGGGUAAUGAUACUUCAUAUAAUGAUUCAAUAGUGAUUGUGAUGAAAGGGUAUGAAAUUGAGCUCAAGAGGAUAUUGACUGUUUUUACAACCAUUGAUUUAUCAAAUAAUAUGUUUGAAGGAGAAGUUCCCAAAGUCAUUGGAGAAUUGCAUUCUCUCAAAGGGCUUAACCUUUCACACAAUAGAAUCACUGGUACCAUUCCAUUGUCACUGGGUAAUUUGAGCAAUUUGGAGUGGUUAGACCUCUCAUGGAACCAAUUGAAGGGUGAGAUUCCCAUGGUUUUGAAAAAUUUGAAUUUUCUGGCUGUCUUGAACCUUUCACAAAACCAGUUUGAGGGAGUGAUACCUACAGGUGGACAAUUUAACACAUUUGAAAAUGAUUCCUAUGCUGGAAAUCCAAAGUUGUGUGGAAUCCCUUUGUCAAAACAAUGCAAAGAAGAUAACAAGAGACUAUCACAUUCAGCACUUGAUGAACAAGUACCAGGAUUUGGGUGGAAAGUUGUCGUAGUGGGGUAUGCAUGUGGGAUGAUCUUUGGAAUAAUAUUGGGUUAUAGUGUACUGAUCGCUGGAAAACCCCAAUGGCUUGCUAGACUUGUUGAAGCUGUGUAUUUGAUACCAGAUAAUAAAUUAGUUGGUCCCAUUCCAACCCAAAUUACCAAACUCCCUAAAUUAUUAUACCUAUAUUUGAGUGGUAACAUGUUAAAUGGAUCAAUUACUUUUUGGUGUUAUUCUUUUCCUUCUUUGUUGUCCUUGGAUCUUAGUCACAAUCAACUCACAGGGUCAAUUGGUGAAUUCUCCGCUAAUUCUUUGGAAUUUUUAUCUCUCUCUAACAACAAUUUGCAAGGUAAUUUUCCGACUUCAAUAUUUCAACUCCAAAAUCUUACUUAUCUGAGUUUGUCAUCAACAAACUUGAGUGGUACUGUAGACUUUCACCAAUUUGUAAACUUCGAAAAUCAUUUUGACUGCAUCUUACCCAACCUUGAAUACUUAUAUUUAUCUUCAAGUAAUGUAAUUAGUUUCCCAAAAUUCUUAGCAACACUGCAAAACCUGCGUGUUUUAGAUCUUUCUCAUAACAAAAUUCGAGGAAGUAUUCCCAAAUGGUUUCAGGAGAACCUCUUGCGCUCCUGGAAGAACAUGAGUUCCAUUGAUCUCAGUUUCAACAAAUUGCAAGGAGAUCUUCCGAUUCCACCUAAUGGCACUAAAUUCUUUUUAGUCUCAAAUAACGAGUUGAGUGGGGAAAUUCCUUCAGCAAUGUGCGACACAAGCACCCUUUCUAUACUUAACCUGGCUCACAACAAUUUGACAGGACUUAUUCCACAAUGCUUGGGAACAUUUUCUUCUCUUUGGGCGUUGGAUUUGCAAAACAACAACCUUUACGGAAGCCUACCUCUUAACUUUUCCAAAGGAAAUGCAUUUCGGACUAUAAAGUUGAAUGGAAAUCACUUGCAGGGACCGGUACCACGAUCUUUGACUCACUGUACAACACUCGAAGUUUUGGACCUUGGAAACAAUAACAUUGAGGAUACGUUUCCGUAUUGGUUAGAAACUUUGCCAAAUUUACAGGUACUCAGUUUACGCUCAAAUAAAUUUCAUGGUGUCAUCACUUUUUUAGGCACCAAACUUCUAUUUCCUAAGUUGAGGAUUUUUGACAUUUCCAAUAACUAUUUCACCGGACUCUUGCCAACAUCAUACAUCCAUAACUUUCGAGGAAUGAUGGAUGCUAGUGACAACCAAACUGGUUUGAAAUAUUUGGGUAAUAAUACUUCAUAUGAUUCAGUAGUGAUUGUGAUGAAAGGGAAUGAAAUUGAGCUCAAGAGGAUAUUGACGAUUUUCACAACCAUUGAUUUAUCAAAUAAUAUGUUUGAAGGGGAAGUUCCAAAAGUCAUUGGAGAGUUGCAUUCUCUCAUAGGGCUUAACCUUUCCCACAAUAGAAUCACUGGUACCAUUCCAAUGUCACUGGGUAAUUUAAGCAAUUUGGAAUGGUUGGACCUCUCAUGGAACCAUUUGAAGGGUGAGAUUCCCAUGGCAUUGACAAAUUUGAAUUUUCUGGCGGUCUUGAAUCUUUCAGGGAACCAAUUUGAGGGAAUGAUACCUACAGGUGGACAAUUUAACACAUUCGAAAAUUAUUCCUAUGCUGAAAAUCCAUUGUUGUGUGGAAUCCCUUUGUCAAAACCAUGCAAAGAAGAUAACAAAAGGCUAUCGCAUUCAGCACUUGAUGAAAAAGUACCAGGAUUUGGGUGGAAAGUUGUCGUAGUGGGGUAUGCAUGUGGGAUGAUCUUUGGAAUAAUAUUGGGUUAUAGUGUACUCUUCGCUGGAAAACCCCAAUGGCUUGCUAGACUUGUUGAAUGUGUAUUUGAUGUGAAAUUGAUCACAACAAACAACAAAAAGCACGUCACAUCAUUUGAGAAGGAAUUACUUUAAUAAAGUUUUUGUUUUAUGUGUGUUCAAUUUUUUAUCGGUAUCUAUUUUGUUUUUCUUAUUUUGUGAAAAUUGUUUGUGUGGAAUAAAAACUUCAUCUUUUAAUACCA